AUGUCAUCGCUUCCCGCCAAGCCCCAUGAUCGAACCUUCCAAAGGAGGUUGGUCACAGUCCGCAAAGUGACUGGAGUCCGCACCAUCAAGCGAAGUCGAGCCGACUUGGUAACGGUGGAUCAUAGUUGGACAGUGGUCGCUCAGAAGGAGGAAUACACGAUCGGCCAGAUAGUCGUCUACUUUGAAGUCGACAGCUUCAUCCCGUCAAGCGACCCCCGGAUGUGGGAAUACUCUCCCUGGUUUAUCGAGUUCGACGGCCAAAAGGGAUAUCACGUCCGGUCAGAGGUCACCUAUGGCGAGCUGUCGCAAGGUCUCAUCUUCCCCAUCGAGGCGUUCAACAACAUCGAAGCGGUUCUUAUCGAGAAGCAACGAAGCCACGACCUUGCAGAAGCAUUCAGAAUACUGAGGGAGAUGUCAUUCGAAAGCGAUUUGGGCGUGAAGAAGUGGGAAGUACUCGAAGACACCAACGAAAUUGUUCUCGGCAAAGCACCCGCAUUCUUUCCGCGACCUGGCGCGCCACGAGCUCAAAAUCUUCCACGACUGUUCGAUCACCGUGGUCUUCAAAUUGAUUACCAGAUUACAGAGAAGCUAGAUGGGUUAUCGAUGACGGUAUAUUGCGUCAAUAAGAACUCGGUGUGGUGCCGUGCCCUCCCUCAGCUUUCUCCAGAGUCGAAACAAGAGACAGCCACCCAUCGGGUCGGCAUCGCCAACCAGAAAUACGAUAUUGCCGAGCGCGAGGAGGAUCUCUACUGGCAGACGGCAAAGCAAGCCUCCUUGUUAGACAAGAUUAGUAAGAUCGGUGGAAACGUGGCAGUUCAGGGCGAGCUCGUUGGACAUACUAUCAAGAGAAACAGCAUCGGAUUCGGCCCAGGAGAGCACCGAUUUCUCAUCUUUGACAUCUUCGAUAUCGAUAAACAAAGGCACCGUUCGACCAGUGAGGUUGAAGCACUAUGUCGAAAGCUAAGCCUUCCUCACGUACCGAUCAUUGCGCACUGCAAACUUGGAGAGUUUGCAACUAGCUUGGCCGAGCUUUUGGAGAAGGCCGAAGGCACUGGGAUGUUAGGAAAGAUGCGAGAGGGUCUGGUAUUCAAGACGAAGAGUAGUACGGCCGCAUUCAAGGUCAUUGCAAACUCUUGGCUUCUGGAAUACGGCGAGUAG